AUGAAAAUGUUUGUAUCUUUGUAUUUAGUUAAUUUUAAUAUUUGCUUUUGCGAUUUUGAACAAUAAUAAAAUUUUUCAUUUUAUCUACCAAAGCAUCUAGAAUCUUUUGAAAUCAAUGUUCUAGCAUACUCACUCUUAAUUAGGUAAUACUUGAAUCUGAUUAGAUUUGAAUAAUAAUGGUUCAUGAAUUACUUAUAUCCUUAUUUUUACAUUCUGACGCUAUAACAGCACCAAUAACCAUAGCUAUAGAAUAGUGUUAACAAAUCAAUAAAGGUGGAAGAGGGUUUAGAGUAUAAGAAUAUCUCAUUUUUAGUGAAUAGCCAAUUGAAUCAAAAUCAACCAUAAAGUCUGUUGAAUAGAAAGAAAUCAAGAAAAAACAAGUAAAUAAAACAAGAAAGAAAAAUUCAAAGAAAAUAUAUAAUAAUGGUUUAAUCUUGUAUGUAUGUAUUAGGUCACUGGACACAAAAGGAACAUAAAUUAUACUUAUAAUUUAUUGAAAAAAAUAAAGAAAUUAUGAUGAAGUCAGACAUGAAAAAGCAAGAGAAAAUUUUUAAAUAAAUGUCACUUGUUAUAAAAUCCAGAUCUCCUUCAUAAUGUAGAUCUCAUCAUCAAAAAUUCAAUCCUUUUUGA